CGGGCCUGAGGCACCGAGGGGCUGGUCGGGGCCUCGCGGAGGACCAGACGGACCAUGCCCUGGUCCCCCCGGGCCGCUCUCCUGCGGGACCUGGUGCUGGGCGUGCUGGGCACUGCCGCCUUCCUGCUGGAUCUGGGCGCCGACCUGUGGGCCGCGGGUCAGUACGCGCGGAGCGGCCGCUACCUGUGGGCGGCGCUGGUGCUGGCGCUGCUCGGCCUGGCCUCGGGCGCCCUGCAACUCUUCAGCUGGCUCUGGCUGCGUGCAGACCCCGUCGGCCUGCACGGCCCGCAGCCCCCCGGCCGCUGCCUGGCGCUGCUGCACCUCCUCCAGCUCGGCUAUCUGUACAGGUGCUUGCAGGGGCUGCGGCAGGGGCUGAUGGCAUGGCGGCAGGAGGUGCCCUCCGAGUUCGACCUCGCCUACUCCGACUUCCUCUCCCUGGACAUCAGCAUGCUGCGCCUCUUCGAGACCUUCCUGGAGUCCACCCCGCAGCUCACGCUGGUGCUGGCCAUUGUGCUGCAGAGUGGCCGAGCCGAGUACUACCAAUGGGUUGGCAUUUGCACGUCCUUUGUGGGCAUCUCCUGGGCACUGCUGGACUACCACCGGUCCCUGCGCACCUGCCUUCCCUCCAAGCCCCGUCUGGGCCUGGCCUCCUCUGCCGUCUACUUCGUGUGGAACCUGCUGCUGCUGUGGCCCCGAGUCCUGGCCGUGGCCCUGUUCUCUGCCCUCUUCCCCUACUAUGUGGCCCUGCACUUCCUGGGCCUGUGGCUGGUGCUGCUGCUGUGGGUCUGGCUCCAGGGCACAGACUUUAUGCCAGGCCCCAGCUCUGAGUGGCUGUACCGGGCCACCGUGGCCACCAUCCUCUAUUUCUCCUGGUUCAAUGUAUCUGAGGGCCACACCCGGGGCCGGGCCACCAUCCACCUGGCCUUCCUCCUGAGUGACAGCGUCCUGCUGGCGGCCACCUGGGCAGCUCAGAGUGCCUGGUUGCCUGGAUUGGGCCCCCUGCAGCUAUGGCUGCCCGUGGGAGGGGCCUGCUUCCUUCUGGGCGUGGCCUUGCGCCUCAUCUACUACCGCUGGCUACACCCCAGCUGUCACUGGGAGCCCGAUGGGGUGGAUGGGGCCCGGGGUCUUCUCCCUCCCGAACAUGGCCUGCUGCCCCAGAACAGGCGUGCAAGUCAGAUGGCUCGGAACUUUUUCCCCAAGGCCAGGACAGAGGCUGCUGUGCCAGAGAAGGAAGAUGUGAAUGGGGCCCUUUGAGGUCACGGGGGACACAGCCACCCGAGGCUCAGCCUGGGCCAGUCGUGGACAAGACACUGGGAGGAUUUUCUCCUCACCCAGUGGUGGCAGGGCUGUUCCCCUACCUUGGUUCCUGGAUCCCAGGCUGUGUUCCCCAGAAUUCUUCCCUUUGGUACCCCCUUCAUUCAGCAAAUGCUCCUGGAGAGCUUCUGUACCCGGAACGUCAUUCUCACUUUGGGACCAGCUGCUGCCCAGUGCCAUUCUCUUCCUGCCUCUACCAUUCCUGGGUGGCAACUCAAAGGCAGGAGGCCGUGGGUGCCCUGCUGUGGGUGGCCCCAACCAGUGUCCAGGUCAGCCUUUGUCCCUGUUCUCUGGGGCCACCCCUAAGUGCCCUGUGGACCUGUGUGAUCUGGGCUGUGCAGAGCCCGUCCAGUAUUUUUCUUUCUAGCCAGUGUAUCUCUACCUCAGUGUAUGUGACAGCGUGUGUGCCUGUGUGUAGCAGGUGAGGCCACAUGGUGCUUUCAACAGUGUUAUUGGGUUGUUAUUAAAACCCUGUGGAACCUUCCA